GCUCCCCGGGGAGCGCCGCUCUAGUGAGAGCCGUCGGGCGAGCGUGUGGGAGUUCCGAGUCCAGCAUGUGGGGAGCGGUCCGCCUCGGUUGCCGCUGGCGCAUGCGUAUCGGGGAGCCUAAGCCAGCGCGGCGCGGUCGCCAUCGCUGGAAAGCUUCCGCCAGAGCCCAGCUGGCGCGGGCGGCUGCUCCAGCCCCAGGGGCCCCGCCGCUGGGCAUCAUUGGCUCAGGCAGUAGGGCCCUCAUCACCCUGUCCCGCCUCGGUCGGGCCGGGCGGCGGCGGCGGCGUCAGGGGGCGGAGCCGCCCAGAGCGCCCUUUGUCUGUGAAGGCUGUUAUGCCCUCUUACAAUGCUGUACUUUCCCAAGGGGAGAACAUGGAGGAAAAAGAAAUGAAUGAUGGAUCACAGAUAGUCAGGUCUCAGGAGUCACUGACAUUCCAGGACGUGGCUGUGAACUUCACCAGAGAAGAGUGGGACCAGCUGUACCCUGCGCAGAAGAACCUUUACCGAGACGUGAUGCUGGAGAACUACAGGAAUCUGGUAGCACUGGGGCAUCAACUUUAUAAGCCAGAGGUGAUCUCUCAGUUGGAGCAAGAGGAGCAGUGGGUGAUGGAAAGAGGCCGCGCCCUGGACACUCACGCAGAUGGGGAGAGUAGACCUGAAAUCAAAAAAUCAACUCCAAACCAGAAUAUUUCUGAUGAAAAUCAAAAUCAUGACAUGAUAAUGGAGAGACUAACAGGAGAUAGUUUCUGGUACUCCAUCUUGGGAGGACUCUGGGAUUUUGAUUACCAGUUAGAGUUUAACCAAGAAAACCAGCAGAGACAUUUAGCACAAGUAUCUUUCACCCACAAAAAGAUCACACAGGAGAGAAACCAUGACUGUAAUAGAUUUGGAGAAAACUAUAAUGUGAACUCAAACCUUAUUAUGCAUCAGAGAAUUCCUUCCAUUAAAACACCCCUUAAUUCUGACACACAAGGAAAUAGCAUCAAACAUAAUUCAGACUUGAUUUACUAUCAGGGAAACUAUGUAAGAAAGAAUCCUUAUGAAUAUAAUGAGUGUGGAAAAAUCUUCAAUCAGCAUAUUCUUCUUACCAAUCAUAUUAAUACUGAAGAGAAACCGAGUGAAUGUGGGAAGGUUUUCAGCCACAACUCAUCUCUUACUCAACCUCAGAUAGUCCUUACAGGAGAGAAGCCCUAUAAGUGUGAUGAAUGUGGGAAAAGAUUCAGCCAGAGGAUACAUCUUAUUCAACAUCAGAGAAUUCACACAGGAGAAAAACCUUUUAUAUGCAAUGAAUGUGGGAAAGCCUUCCGUCAACAUUCAUCCUUUACUCAACAUCUGAGAAUUCAUACUGGAGAGAAGCCCUAUAAAUGUAAUCAAUGCGGUAAAGCCUUUAGCCGUAUCACAUCCCUUACUGAACAUCAUAGACUUCAUACCGGAGAGAAACCUUAUGAAUGUAGUUUUUGUGGAAAAGCCUUCAGCCAGAGGACACAUCUUAAUCAGCAUGAGAGAACUCAUACAGGAGAGAAACCCUAUAAAUGUAAUGAAUGUGAGAAAGCCUUUAGCCAAAGUGCACACCUUAAUCAACAUAGGAAAAUCCAUACUCGGGAGAAAUUAUGUGAAUAUAAUAAAUGUGAGAGAACCUUAAGUCCCAGUCCUUCACUUACUCAGCAGCACAUAACUCAUGGGGGGAAAAUCAUAUGAAUAUAUAAAUCUGGGAAAACUUUUGGUCAGAUCUUUUCAUCCCAUUCAAUAUCAAAUUAUUCAUAGAGGAGAGAAAGCUUAUAAAUAAACUUUUAAUGCAUAGAAACUAAAUAAAUUUAGGUCUUAAAUUAGUAGCAUAUUCCCAGGAGAGGUUAUAGAAAGUGAAAAUAAUUUAUUUUAUAAAUAAGAUUAAAUUGAGUCAUGUUCCAAAUCUGAUAUAAAACUUUUUAAUGACCAGAAACCUUGUAGGCAAUAAUCUGUAAUUAUUCACCUGUAACUUUUAUGAUACAAAGUUUUUAAAUUAUGUAAACAUUGAUUAAGGCAAUGAUGUAGUGUAACCAGUCACAUAAACUUGAAAUAAACAUAAAAGCAGUAUUUCUCAAACUUCAGUCAUUUGUGUGUUUCCUUUACAGUUUUUAUCAUAUUCAGUGUUUACUUAGUAUUUUUCUUUAAAGGGACUCAGGAUUUUUAAUCUUGUCCUAGGAAAUAGUAUUUGUGGAAAUUAUGAGUUUUAUAUGUCAGUUACAUUUGUUCUAAAAUAAAAAACAUACUUAUUUAUCAAAAUAUUUAACUUCCAAAUUAAAAAUAUCCAUUUGAUGUACCACCUAAAUCUUCUGUACCUUCAUCUGAGAAACAAUGUGACAGGAUAUGACAGUGUUUGUUGAUUUGUUUUUUAGCAACUUUUGCAUUUUCAUCAAACAAGUCCUAGAAUCACUUUAAGAAGAGUCUUGGAGGAGACUGAGGGUCAUAGUGAUGAACUUUAAAAAGUGAUUCAGAGAUGUCUACUUUUCUAUCCUCUUGUUCUAUUUUUAAAUUUCCUGAUAGCAAAUAGAUUGCUCUCACUAAAAUGGGUAUUUCUGCUAUGUUUGUGGGUUUGAAGAGAGAGGAGUUUUUUGUUGUUGUUCUGUGUUGCUUUGUUUUUCUAUAAUCACCAGGGGCUGAGCGUCCCUACACCUCCCUGCACAACUGUGAAAGACAAGAAAUAGGAGACUAUACCAGAUGUUAAGCUGUGGUACCAUGAUAAGGAUAAGAGCCAGGGAAGAGCCUAACUGGCUUAUAUAAACAACUAAGGAAGUAUUACUGAUUGGCUUAAUAAUUUAUCUUAUUUAUUGAAAUAUAUUGAUUUAACACCUUUUUCCAAAAAGAAUUUAAGGUGGUUAAAUUUUAUUUUCGUGAACACUGCCCUGUUGAGCAAACAAUCACAUUUUGAUGUUACAAAGCAUUAUAAAUGUAAACUGUUAUAAGCCACAAAUAUCUUCACCUAUGGGGCUUCUUCAGUUUCUUGAUUUUCUGUUUGUCUCUUUCCUCAGGCAUGGCUUGAAGAAGCCAUGAGUCUAAGGUAGGAUUGCAUUUCCCCUUGCUUCCUCACCCUUUUUCUUCCAACAUAGCUCCCAGCUCAAAGACUUCUCUGACUUUUUCCCUCUGAAAGACUACAUUUUAUAAAGUUCUUGGGUCAAAGCUGAAAUGAUCUAAAGACACUUAAAAACCUAAAACACUAAAAACAAAGAAAAUAAUGAAAUGAACUCAUUUCAUCACAGAUGUUAAACUUUUCAAAGUACGUUUAUGCCCCACGCAUCAGUGAAUGUGAAAUAGUUAAUAAAAUCCUGAGUUACUAUAGUCAAGAAGGAUUUUUAACAGUAUUUUGUGUUCAGAUGUCCAUGUAGUAGGGAUCCAU